UUGAUAUGUUGCAUCAGAUUCAAGGAAACAAGUAGAGAGGAACAAGAUUGUGUCUAUUUUCAGGCAAAGUUUUUGAAGCUAUCACAUUUUAUUCCAAUAAAGCGUUAUUAUUGGAGCCAGGUUGGCUAGGAAAUUUGAGAGCAAUUUGCUAAUCUGUAUCUAGAUUAGAAUCUCAGUAUUAAAGAUGGAAAAAUAAGCAGAGUAGGAAAACAUGGAGAGGAACUGUGUCUGCAACGAAUACUGCGAGAUUAUUCACCGGAGCUGUUAGAGCUGAAAGACUUUUGGAAGGGAAGCUGAGUGACAAGUGCUAUGGGAGGCAUUGUUGGGGAGCCAUUCUAAAGAGUAAUCUUACCAGCUUUUUGAUGAUUUGUCUAGUUAAUAAUAAAUAAGAGUUUGUUUUGAUUAUGGUGAAGUGGACCACCAGAUUAUAAAUAGGCCAUUCUGAAGGGGAUGCAACCAUGCAUACCUGGCAAAUGUGGCAGAGGCUGGAAGAGCAUGGAAGAGUUUUGCUGAUGCUUAAUUGGACGCACAGCCAUCUAAUCCUUGCCUCUGGAUAAGUGGACCUAAAUUGCCAGAGAUGAGCUCUUGAUCGUCCAUAUUUAUCUACAAUCGUCAUAUUGGAAUAUAUAAAGGUAUCAUUCAGAAGGUCUUCCUCAUUAGCCAGCCCAUUUUACGAGAGAGUCUACGCUUGACUCGUUUUUCUGCCUCCAAACCGUCCCAUAGUUGGUGACGACACUGGUCCUCUCUGGCGAGACUUCGGCGACAUUCCAAUAUUGUUUGGGCGACGAACUUGAAUGUACAGCAGGCUUAAACAAUAUUUUCUUCUCUUUCCGGGGAAUUGCUGAGAAAUUACUUCUGAGCAGAUACCUUAUCCUUCUUCAAUCGACCUUCACAGGAGAGAAAAACAGUGAACUUGAUAUGGCAAAAGAGUUAGAUUUUAAAAUAUUCAACACAAUGACUAAGACAAUGGAGGUUUUCAAGCCCUUAGUCCCUGGUAAAGUACGCAUGUAUGUGUGUGGCGUUACCUCUUAUGAUUUAAGCCACAUCGGUCAUGCUCGUGCUGCAGUCAUCUUUGACGUCCUUUUCAGAUAUCUACAACACUUAGGUUACGAAGUUACUUAUGUGAGAAAUUUUACAGAUAUUGAUGACAAGAUAAUUCGUAGAGCAAAUGAGCUUGGUGAGGAUCCAUUAUCUUUAAGCAGCAGAUUUUGUGAGGAAUAUCUCGUUGACAUGGACAGUCUGCAGUGCCUCCUUCCUACGCAUCAGCCCCGUGUGACUAACCACAUGGAACAGAUCAAGGACAUGAUCACACAGAUCAUCAACAAUGGCUUUGCAUAUGUUGUUGAAGGAGAUGUGUUCUUUGCUGUUGAUAAAUUCCCAAAUUAUGGUCAAUUGUCUGGGCAGAAACUUGAAAAUACUAGAGCUGGUGAACGUGUUGCUGUUGACACAAGAAAACGUAAUCCUGCUGAUUUUGCAUUAUGGAAGGCUGCAAAACCCGGUGAGCCAAGUUGGGAGAGCCCAUGGGGUCCUGGAAGACCAGGAUGGCACAUAGAGUGCAGUGCAAUGAGUGCUCACUAUCUAACCGUCAAGUUUGACAUCCAUGGUGGUGGAAGUGAUUUGGCUUUUCCUCAUCAUGAAAAUGAGAUUACACAGAGUGUUGCUGCAUGCCAGGAAAGCCGUGUGAGUUAUUGGAUGCAUAAUGGGCACGUUACUAAUAACAAUGAGAAAAUGUCCAAGUCCUUGGGAAACUUUUUCACAAUCCGUCAGGUUACUGAACGGUACCAUCCACUGGCCUUGAGACACUUUUUGAUGAGUGCACACUACCGCUCUCCCCUCAAUUACACAGUUUUGCAAUUGGAAAGUUCAUCAGAUGCCAUAUUUUACAUUUAUCAGACAUUGCAAGAUUGUGAGGAUGCCUUGUCAUUGUUUCAAGAUGGAAGCAUGAAGGAGGGUGUGGGACUGAAUGUCAAGAAGGUUGGAAUUUCUGCUGAUGCCCAAAAAUGCAUCAAUAAACUACGUGAAGAGUUUGAGACUAAAAUGUCAGAUGAUUUAAGCACCUCGCAUAUCUUGAUUGGUGCUUUCCAAGAAGCCUUGAAGUUCAUAAACAGUUCUUUAAGCAUGCUCAAGAAGAAACAACAAAAGCAACAACUAUCAUUGAUUCAAUCCCUUACUGAAAUAGAGAAAGAAGCCAAGUUAGUUCUGAAAAUCUUGGGGCUACUUCCCCCUUGCACUUAUUCUGAGGUUUUGCAGCAGCUAAAAGAGAAGGCGUUGAAGAGGGCUGAACUAACAGAGCAGGAUGUGCUGGGGCUUAUUGAGGAAAGAGCAAUGGCAAGGAAAAACAAGGAUUUUUCAAGAAGUGAUCAGAUCAGGGCUGAUUUGACUGCAAAAGGCAUUGCACUUAUGGAUGUUGGGAAGGAAACAGUUUGGAGACCAUGUGUCCCUGUUGAACCAGAACAAGAUGCACCAUCUGUUGUAGUAGAACAAAACCCACCACCAUCUGUAUCAAGUUGAUCGAUAGCUUUGUUCUGGCCCCAGCCCUGUUAUAGAAGAGCAAAACCCCAGUUGCAAAAAUGAUAACCAUAACUGUUUCUACGCUAGUAGAAUGAAAAAUCAAGAAAAUUAGUACGCAUUUUUAUUUAUACCUUUAUGUCGUAACAUUUGGGAGCUUUCACUUACUUUGUCCUUGUGACGAGGCGAUAUAGAAUUCAACAUUUUUUUUUUUUUUUUGUGGUUGCAAAAUACACAAAUAUAUGGGCUGGUAACCCAUACAUUUUUUUGGUCUGGUUUAAUGAGCUGCGCAGUUCAUUGCCUUCA